UGUCAGCACUUUGCUUCCAGCAACCGGCAGGGGUCGGUUAUUUUUGAUCUUCCUUUGCUCUUCCUAGUUCCGAAGUGGUAGAAAAAGUUUGGGUUUUUUUUAAUUAAAUUCAAAGGGAUAAAGGGAUUUGAUUUCUAAAAUCGUAGCUGUAUUCGUGCUGCAGAGUAGAAAUCGUGUGGAGCUUGGGUGAACGCACAACAAGUGGUUACGCCCGUUCCUGUUUCAUGUAAAAUCAGUGGCACGUAGGAAGUGCAGUGAGUCAGCUGCCGCGAAACGCUGCCAGCAGCUCAAAUGCCCGCUCGUCUCUUUGGGAAGCGCUGAGAGGAGGUGGGGAAGACAUCCUCCAGCAAACAUGUCAGACCCUUCUGAGUGUUACGGGGAAAUAACGAAGGUUGACACGACUGGAGCUUCCAAUGAAACCGCGGCGCAGGAAGGCCUGAGCUGUGGAGGAGUUCCCGCUUCAGAGAAGAUUGCUGGAAGAGAUCUGCAGAAUAUGGAGAGAUAUAAAUCCAGGAUUACAAAAGUUGGCCAGAGCCUCGGUGUUGAUCCUGCUGUGAUCGCUGGUAUUAUCUCUCGAGAGUCACACGCUGGGACGGUCCUGAAGGACGGCUGGGGUGACCGUGGAAAUGCAUUUGGCUUAAUGCAGGUUGAUAAACGGUUCCAUAAGAUUGUUGGGUCGUGGGACAGUGAAGAGCAUAUUACACAAGGCACGAAGAUUUUAUGUGGGAUGAUAAAGGAAAUCCAGAAAAAAUGCCCCACGUGGACAAAGGAACAGCAGCUGAAAGGUGGGAUUUCGGCCUAUAACGCAGGAGUUAAGAACGUCCAGAGCUAUGACAGAAUGGAUAUUGGCACAACAAAGAACGACUACGCCAAUGAUGUGGUUGCAAGAGCCCAGUUUUAUAAGAGAAAUGGAUACUGAGAAAGAUAUCUGAGUACUAAUUGGAUUUGAGUCACUGCUUGGAUACUUUGCUUCCAAUCAAAAAUAACCCGGAUUCUUCCCCAAAAACAUUGAGACUAGGGGAGGGAAUGAAGCCAAAAACAAGCACAAGCUUUCAAUGAUUUUUCUCAGCUGAGGCUAACAAAUCGCUUUAAAAGACAGUAUCGCUAAUAAUCCAGACUCUAAUUUAUCAUUUGCCAUUUAUUUUUCAUCUCACUUUGUAAGAAAAUUCAAGCAAAGCUAUCACUUGCGCUUCCAGUUUCUCAAGCAGGAGAUUAAUGCUGCAAGAGUCAUAACAUUGCUUGACAGGACCUGUCUUAUAUUUCAUCUAUAAAUGCAUGUGUUUAAUAGUGGCACAAAAUUUACUAGUGGUACAAAAUUGUUAACAUAAUCAGUUGUUAAGUCUGCAUGAGCAAUUUUGGUAAUGUCGCUGAUUAUUUGCAGUAAAUAUGCUAUGACUUUA